AGGAGGAGGAGGAGGAGAAGGAGGGCGAUGGCGGCCAUUUUGAGCCGGGACCGGAGCGGGAGCCUCGAUGGCCGCCGCGCAUCAAACGGACUGAGCGGCGGGCCAUGGAUGUGAGGCGGCUGCGGGUCAACGAGCUGAAAGACGAGCUCGGCCGCCGGGGCCUCGACACCCGGGGACUGAAGGCCGAACUGGCCGAACGGCUGCAAGGGGCACUCGAAGCGGAGCAGGGACGCGGAGGAGGAGGAGGAGCGGGAGCGCCGCCGCCUCCGUCGGGCAGGGAGCCCUUCUCCGACGGACAGUAUGGCAUCCAGGACAACAGUCACCAGGACAUGCAAGGAUACCAGUCUUUUGAACAUUGCAACAUCAAACAGGAGGAAUCUGUGUAUGAAAGGGCACCUAUAGACCAAGAUCAUUCUGGCUUGCAUUCAGAAAUGAAGACAGAAUUUAAACAAGAGGAAUCCAUGCCUGGCUACAACAUGCCGUCCUCAGGUUACAAUGCUCCUCCCCCUGGCUAUACUGGGCCCUCUCCUAACUACAACACUCCUAACUACAAUAGUUCCACGUCCGGCUACAAUGCUCCUGCUUCAAGUUAUAAUGCACCACCUUCCAGUUAUGGCACCUCAGAUUCAUCUCAGUCCUGGCAGCAGCAGCAGCAGCAGCAACAAGGCCGGAAGAGGCCAUUUGAGGAGUCACGGGGACGAGGCUAUUAUGAACAUAGAGAAGAUAAGAGGGGCCGAUCUCCUCAGCCACCUGCUGAAGAUGACGAAGAUGAUUUCGAUGACACUCUGGUGGCCAUUGAUACGUAUAAUUGUGACCUACAUUUCAAAGUUGCCCGUGACCGAUACAGUGGCUACCCUCUGACCAUAGAAGGGUUUGCUUAUCUCUGGUCAGGUGCACGAGCCACAUAUGGGGUACGCCGUGGGAGGAUCUGCUACGAAAUGAAGAUCAAUGAAGAGAUCUCUGUCAAGCAUCUUCCUCCCACGGAACCUGAUCCUCAUGUCGUGCGUAUUGGCUGGUCACUGGACACAUGCAGCACUCAGUUAGGUGAAGAGGCUUUUUCCUACGGCUAUGGAGGCACUGGGAAGAAAUCUACCAACUGCAAGUUUGAAAAUUAUGGUGAAACCUUUACUGAGAAUGACAUAAUCACAUGCCUUUUGGACUUUGAGUGUGGCGAUGAGAUUGAGAUGUCCUUCAUGAAGAAUGGGAAAUGGCUGGGGGUAGCAUACCGGCUGCGGAAGGACGUCUUGGGGGGCAAGGCACUCUUUCCUCACGUCCUGGUGAAGAACUGUGCCAUUGAGUUCAACUUUGGCCAGAGGGAGGAUGCUUUCUUUCCAGUCCCACCGGGGUUCACCUUCAUCCAGCAUCUUCCACUUUCCGAGCGUGUUCGGGGGACAAUCGGACCAAAGAGCAAAACAGAAUGUGAAAUCUUGAUGAUGGUGGGAUUACCUGCUGCUGGGAAGACCACAUGGGCCAUUAAGCAUGCUGCAGCCAAUCCACUCAAGAAAUACAAUAUUCUGGGAACAAAUGCCAUCAUGGACAAAAUGAGGGUAAUGGGGCUUCGCCGCCAACGCAACUACGCUGGCCGCUGGGACGUUCUCAUCCAGCAAGCGACGCAGUGCCUGAACCGCCUGAUUCAGAUUGCAGCACGGAAGAAACGUAACUACAUUCUGGAUCAGACAAAUGUUUAUGGAUCUGCCCAGAGACGAAAAAUGCGUCCUUUUGAAGGUUUCCAACGCAAGGCUAUUGUAAUUUGUCCCACGGACGAGGACUUAAAAGAUCGAACAGUAAAGCGCACUGAUGAGGAGGGGAAGGAUGUGCCCGAUCACGCAGUGUUAGAAAUGAAAGCCAACUUUACACUGCCAGAAGCAGGCGACUUCCUCAACUCGGUCGUCUACAUUGAGUUGCAACGGGAUGAAGCAGAGAAGCUGGUGAGACAAUACAAUGAUGAAGGCAAGAAGGCUGGCCCACCCCCAGAAAAGCGCUUUGACAAUCGGGGUGGCGGCGGAGGUGGCGGCUUCCGUGGACGAGGUGGUGGUGGAGGUGGCGGCGGUGGCAGCUUUCAACGCUUUGAUAACAGAGGCCCACCAGUUGGCAACCGUGGCGGCUUUCAGAAUCGAGGAGGUGGUGGAGGAGGCCCCAGCACUGGAGGAUACAGAGGAGGUGGAGGAGGAGGAGGACCAGGCGGUGGUGGCGGCGGUGGAGGACCUGGCGGUGGAGGAGGAGCCUUCAACCGCGGUGGCUACAACCAGAAUCGCUGGGGAGGUGGAAACCGAGACAACAACAACAACAACCGGGGCAAUUAUAACCGGAACAACCAACAGCAGAGCAGCUACAGUCCAGCACGCAACCAGAACACCUAUAAAAGCAACAGCAGCAACAUGGCUCCCGCCCCUCCUGCACCUCCCACAAAUGCUCCUCCCAGUACUUACAAUCCAGGGCCACAGCAAAGCUACAGCCAGCCCUACAACCCUAAUCCUCCACCCAGCUACAACCAAGGUGGUUAUGCAUCUCCUAGCUACAACUAUGGGAGUGGAUAUAGCCAAAGCUACAGCCAGCCCCCUCCACCACCACCACCGGCCCCUGCCCCGGUCCCAGCCACACCACCGCCGACCUACAAUCAGCCCAGUUACAACCAGUACCAACAGUACACCCAGCAGUGGAACCAAUACUACCAAAACCAGAGUCAGUGGCCCCCCUACUAUGGCAGCUAUGACUAUGGGAGCUACACAGGCACCUCACAAGGAGGCUCUAGCGCUCAGUGAUGGCUCCGUGUCAUUCUUGGAAAGAGCAACUUGUUCUGCCACCACUGGCAAGUUUUUAACUUGACAGGUGGGCAUUUUGAGUCUCGGGAAAUCCAGGAGGGAAGUAGUCUCUCUGCCCUUCUUUCCUCUCUGUAGUUCUUGAGGGUGGCUGCAUUUUUACCUGUACAGAUAGAGGCAUGUUUCUUUCCCUUUGUAUCAUACCUCAUGAGGAAGUUACAUGAUUUCUUGUCUCUCCUUGUCAAAGAGGUUUGUUUUCCCUCCUUUUUAAAUUUCUCUGAUUCUGACAGGAUCUGCAAUGUUUAACCUCACAUCUUUGUACUUUUUAGCCUAAGAUUUCAUCCUAGUAUCAGACUUCCUGCAGUAGUUGGGGGAGGCAGCCUUGGAGCCCCUCUUAGGAUUUUAACACCACCCUCUUGCACAGUUCCGCUAGUGAUCAUAAACUCCAGACAUUUUGGAAACUCUUCCUGCGGUUUGUUGUCACCUGUCUUUGAGUUGUUUUUAUCUGUCUUUUCUGCAAAUAACUAUUAAAAGCGGGAGGGAGAAAGAGAUGGCUAUCUUAUGGUAAUUAUGGUGGGUUUUAUUUUUUAAAAGAUUUUUCUGUAACUUUUUAUCGUGGGUCAGCAACUGUUAAUAUUUUCAUCGAGGUAACCAUUCCUUUUUGCUCAAUACAGGAGAAGAGAAAAUGAAUGAGGGGGAAAAAUAAUCUUAACUGUGUAACUUUUUAUACAAUGUCUAAGUUUCUGUAACUUUGCACAUGCUUUGUGUUGAGUUGAAUUGUAACAGCUUUUUGUAUUUGGAGGGGGAAAAAAGAGUGAAUAUUGAACUUUAAACCA